AAAAAUUAAUGCUUCUGUGCAAAAAAAAGUUGUGGGGUCUAGCCCCAGGCAUAUAAGGAUUUUCAGAUAUGAAAUUUUCAAUUGUUUAUUAUCUUGAUUUGAAUUCCUCAUUAAAUUGUAGGUCCAGUCAUGAUAAAUUAUGAAGAAGUAUUCGAUCAUAAAAGAUGAGGAAGGUGAGAUACGAGUAGUACCAAGCAAUUGGUUGACCGACGAUAAAGAAUCUGUUUAUUGGCCUCCAUACAAGGACUCAGCACGAGUUAAAUCUGCUGCCAUAAACUUGGAGUCAAGAAAUUCCGAUUGGGAACUUUACUCUUGUACUUUUAUCAAGUCAAACGACGAUUAUGUUGAUGCUCAAAAGGAAGCUCGAUUUCCAAAUCUUGACGAUUUAACUGAUGCUAGUGAUGAGGAAAGACUUAAAGCAACUAGAGCGGCUAGAAAUAAAAUAACAGCUUCACCUUCCAAAUUUAUAUCAUCAUUUACAAAAGUUAAACCACCUAAGACAUGGGAAACUAAUAAUUCAGUUGACGGCAGCAAGAGCACAGAAGGAAUAUCUCCUAAGAAAGUCCUCCUUGCUAAAAAUUCAGUGAAAAAUGCGCCCCUUCUGAAAUCUUUACAAGUAGAUUUACAAAGAACCAUCUCGCCGGCUCAAAAAAGCCUGUUCCCAAGAUCAGAAUUUUUAACAGGUGGACCCUCUGGUAAUUCCGUAGUGAAUGAUUCAAGUCAAGAAGAAGAAGAUGGAUCAAAUAACGAAGUGGAGCUGGAAAUUACACUCCCUAUGAUCUUCGAAAUGCAAAAGACAAUGGUAACAAAACUCAACUCCUUGGGCAUCAAAGUAGAUAAUCUGUCAAAAAAAUUACAACGCUGUCAAAAUAUACGCGUUGCAGACAAAGAAAUUGUGGCUUCUCAAGAUAUGAUUGAAAGCAUGUCUAAAAUAUUUCCAAUGACUGAUGAGAUUCCAGAAAGGAGUAUGGAUGGCGUGAACGAAAAAAUACGCACUGACCCAACUUUCAGAAAAGAAUUGGUACUUUUUUUUAAAAGCAAAGGAGGCGCUGACAUACAUAGGUUUAUUUACAAUAUUCUACCCGCUGCUAUGACUAAUAAGGUAGCAAACAAAUACAGCUAUGUAGGGCACAAGAAGAAGCAUGCAUUUAAAGAUUUGCCGUUGUGCACAGUUAUAUACAAAUCAGUGCGUCAUCUAUUUCCAUCAUCACAGGACGAAGAGAUUCGUUCAAGAAUCAGUAGCUGGUUAGAUCAGUCUGGCACAAGACUCAAGAGGGAAUCAGACACUGAAGCAGCCGGUUCCAAAAAACGAAGAAGAGAUGUAAAAUAUUACAUCGAUUUAGAGGAGAAUGUAGCAGAAGAAAAUUCAAUGAAUGAAGAAUAAACUUUGUAAUUUUAACUUUUUCAUGUACUAUUAAUAUAAGUAAGUUAUUU